UGAACGAUGGACAGGACGCAUUUGCUGAGUGACCAGGAUGAAGUCCAUUCUGUCCCUUCAUGUCCUGCUGGAUCUUAUGCAGAUCCGAACACAGAGGCAAAUAAUGGGGCGACGGCUCCUCCUUUAGAUUUGAUGCCUGUGGUUCCUGGAUAUGAGCGCCUUGGACCAAAUAUUAUUCCACCAUCUGAUUUUGGAUCGCGACAACCAGAAGCCCCACCCAGAGCUCCCGAGAGACGCUUUGACAUUCCUGCGAUCAGUGAAGAACUUGCACAGGAGGCCUUCACCAAUUAUGUGUCCAGCAAAUGCUGUUACAGCUCUAAACCAGUCAAAGAGAUGGUGUUCACAGACCUGCAGUCCCUCAACACAUAUCGGUACCGACUGGAGACUUUUACAGAGACCAGAACCACAGAAUGGGACAGUGAACCCUACAAUGGUCAGGUGGUGGAUGGAGUUGGAAUGGCUCCUGCUGCGUGGAGCAUCCCGGUGCCCAUACCGUCCCUCUUCCAAGACUGUAAAAAAUCAAUCCGUGUUCCUCACACAUCGACUGUCAAAGGUUGUCACUCAUGCCUGAAUCUCGGCAGAUCUGCUUGCAGUAAAUGUGUAAAUUCAGGCAGGACUCGCUGUGGACACUGCUCUGGCACGGGAUGGAGGUCCUCUCCUGAACGUCAGCGCUGUGGUUUAUGUAGUGGCUCUGGCAUGAUUAGGUGUCAUUCAUGUGGAGGAGUCGGUUCAAUCACUUGCAAAACUUGCCAAGGUCACGGAAAGCUUCUCUGCUUCAUCAAACUGAUAGUUACAUGGAAAAACAACAUGCACGUGUCUGUCAUUGACAAGGGUUCAGGAUUCCCUGUUGACCUCCUUGAUCAAAUCACUGGAGAGAAGCUGCUUACUGAUAUGGCUCCGAUGGUUUACCCAGUUGUCAAUUUUCCCGACCGCUCGGUGAACGCAGUGUCUGAAAGUGCUGUGAGGGAACAUCAGGCUCAGUUCUGCACCACUUGUCGUAUUCUCCAACAGAGGCAGACCAUCGAGCUGAUUCCUAUCACACGAGUUCAUUACAUCUGGAAGGAGAAAACCCACAUUUAUUUUGUUUAUGGAACCGAACACAAGGUUUUCACCAAGGAUUACCCUGCCAAAUGCUGCUGCUGCUCCAUCCUUUAAACAUGCAGGGAAAGAACCACAAUUGAAUGUUUAUUAUAAAACAUGCAUGAUCAUACAUGUAUGAAUUACAUGUAUGUGUUUGAGCAUGUUUUAUUCUCUAAACUAUUGAAGACAUUCCUUCUUCAUCUUAAAUAAAAAGGGCUUUUUUUGGAUGCA